ACCUCUCCACAGCUCUGUGGGUCACUGACUGCACAUCACUCACAAGACCGGGAACCUCAGGCCAGACCAAAACCAGGCACAACUUCACUUUGAAAAUAAUCGGAAACACCAGGGACUGGAUCAGAACACAGCUGCAGAGUGAGGAUGAGAUCUGCUUUGACACUGCUCCUCAUAGGCUGGGGUGUUCUGGCCCAAGAGAACUGGAUCCAGAGGACCAUGACGUGUGGCACGCACUGCUCUCAGGGGCUCCACUGCAACGCAAGACCCCACUUCACCCUGGCUCCCUGUAAACGAAGCCAAGCGCUAAUCAACAGCACUGUCUUACACAACCUGAAGGUCUCCACGGUGAUGAAGUGUGAAAAGAAGCAGAAUUGCUCUCUGCAUCUCAAAGUCACGGCCACUGUACAGAUCAAUGAGCUCCUGCGUGGCGUGUCCGUCUGCACGGCCUCCCCCAGCAUGCUGGAGCACUGCAGGGUCGUGACCUUCCCCAGAAAGGCCAGAGAGAGACUCGCGGGACAGCUGGUGGAGGUGCAGGACGAUUGCGUGAUUGAAGUGAGCCCCAGCCAGAAUGUUCAAGUAACGCUCAGAACAUUCCCUGACUACUGCGACACGACGCUGUCUCGAACGUACCGCGUUCAAGGCUGCGACAAUGCAGACUUAAGGAGCCAUGUCCCAUCAUGCAUCACCGGAAAGAUAGCAUACGCCGUGGACAUGGACAGACGGGAGAUAUCGGUGAGAGUCUCGGACAUGCUGGAGGACAGAAAUUACCACCUGAGGCUGUGCCACCGAUGGGACAUCUGCAGCGAGACUGAGGCCUACACGCUGCUCAGAAGGGAGGACCCCUUCAAGAAUGCCACACUUCGGUUCUUCUCUCCGCUGCCUUGUCUGUGCAUUGAGGGUUGGACAUCCAUGGUCGAUGCUCCUAGGAUUCAAGUCUGCCCGUUCAAAAACCGCACAGAGGAGCUGUGGUCAGGGGUGACCUUUGACUCAGAAAAGGGGGCGCUGUCCUGGGAACCAGGGUGUCCAGUCAAGGCAGUGAUCACACUGUGCCAGAGAGAGGGAGAGAGUGACUGCGAGGACCUGGCCAAUUCCACUCAGACCACUGGCAGAAAAAAGGUGACAUACGCUAGAGUGGAUCCACACCCAAAGCUGUGCAUGAAGUUCACUACAGAUGCAGGAUCCUGGAUUAAAUGUCCAUUUUCUGACAGGAAUUUCCUUGAAUGGGACCUAAUGAUGACAGAAGGGCAAGGCCAGCCCCAAGCCACCUUAACAUCUCGGAUCAGAACCAAGCUUUCCCUGCAAGUGUGCCAGAACGGCCAGCCCCUGGAGUGCGGAGAAAUCACCUCUGUCACUGUGGAGAAGAUGAGCCCUGUACCUGUCAAUCUAACGGGAGACAUAUGCCAGCCUGACGUCUGCAUCCGUGUAAGGAGGGCUGAUGUGCAGUUUUCCACCCAUGUUCUUCAGUGCCACUUGCAGUGCACCAGGAAUAGACAGUACCUCUGCAGGGCUGAUUGGCUAUUCGUGUCGGCCUUCACCUUUGUGACGCUAAUGAUCGUUGCAGGGCUCGCAGGAAACAUCACGCUGACAGUUUAUCAGAAGAGACAAGCAAACAGAAGACAUGCCCGCUAUCAUCAGUACGAACAUACGGCAGGUAAAUCUUAACUGACGCUUCACAGGGAGCACAGGGCAAGAGCACACUGUGGUUGACACAGGGGACCAUGUUUUUUAGUGAUUCAACCGUUCGCUGUGGUUACUCUCCUGGCUGCUGACAGGGAGGACCACGCCCAGCAGCCCACUAGGGAUCCGGAGAAACUGCCGCUCGGUUUGGACGGGUCUGUUACACUUACUGAUUCAAAUACAGGGCAUGGCCAACAGUCCCUCUCUGAGGGACCCCUGCAGGUCUCCUGAGAUUCUCUUGCGGUCGAAAGGUUAAAACCCACAUCUGAGCCAGCUUGCUGAAGGCCAUUACGGAAGGCUGAUGGUUUGCAUGUAAUAUUAGGCCUAGCCUAUGGUAAAAUUGCCAGUGUCAGAUAUGACUACGCAACCAUGACGCUCCCCGGGGUGCCUCCUGUGCUGACGUCCAUCCCUCUGGAACAAUUCGGAGAACUUUUGCCCUAGAUCCACAGCCUUGCACGCAAGGCAUCCACGAGACCGGCGACUCCCGUUCCGACACAUUUCUGGCAUUUUUUUCAGAACUCUCCCAACUUCAAAAGCCAAUUUAAAUGUGAAUUUACUGUGUGCUGACUUCUGUCCGUGGAAGUCAAGACAUUAAGUUAAGAAUUUAAAGAGGUUGACAGAAGUUGUAGCUCUGCCUGGGUUUUCCUCAUAGCAGGUGCUUUGCUGUACUACACACCUCUGCAGCCAGGUUCCCCUGUAUUCACAUGCACUUUUUUCCAUAAUGUAGCCUGCGUUUAUGUCCUCAGUUAAAAAUGCUACUACUGUAAUUCUUCUGAUAUAAUGUGAUGUAAUCUAUAAUUGAAUGGAUUAUAUAUAAUUAAUAUACAGUACCAGUCAAAAGUUUGGACACACCUACUCAGAGAAGGGGUUUUCUUUAUUUUACUAAUUUCCACAUUUUAGAAUAAUAGUCAAGUCAUCAAAACUAUGAAAUAACACAAAUGGAAUAAUACAGUGACCAAAAAAAGUAAAAAAUAUUUCACAUUCUUCAAAGUAGCCACCCUUUGCCUGGAUAACAUCUUGGCACACUAUUGGCAUUCUCUCAACCAACUUCAUGAGGUAGCCACCUGGGAUGCUUUUCCAGCAGUCUUGAAGGAGUUCCCAUAUAUGCUGAGCACUUGCUGGCUGCUUUUCCUUCCCUCUCCAGUCCAACUCAUCCCAAACCAUCUCUACUGGGUUUAGGUCAGGUGACUGUGGAGGCCAGGUCAUCUGAUGCAGCACUCCAUCACCACCCUUCUUUGUCAAAUAGCUCUUACAAAGCCUGGAGGUGUGUUUUGGGUCAUUGUCCUGUUGAAAAACAAAUGACGGCCCAACUAAGCGCAAACCAGAUGGAAUAUUGUGUCGCUGCAGAAUGCUGUGGUAGCCAUGUUGAUUAAGUGUGCCUUCAAUUCAAUGAAAACUACUUGCUGGGGAUGCAUUUCAAAAAACAUUUUUUUUUUUUUUUUUUUAAGUAAAAUUUUAGUUUUGUAAAUACAUUCAUACAUAGGCAUCAACUUCACUAUUUAUAUUUGUCUAAGAAACUAAUUUCAAGCAUUUCAGCAUAAGCCUUUAGAUCAAAAUGUCUUUAAGAUCAUGAGAAACAUACAUUCAGUCAGGUGUGUCCAAACCUUUGACUGGUACUGUAUAUAUAGAUUAAUAUAUAAAGUACAUAUGUUAUUGUGGUAUGAACAGUAUGUCAUGUUAUUUAUCUAGUGAAUAAGUGCUCCAGGAUGCAUUUUAAAGGUAAUAUUUUACGUGCUAUCCAGUACUGAGCCGGACAUUUGUCUAGGUUGGUCAUUCGGACGGAGUGUAGCACAGUGGGUAAGGAACUGGGCUUGUAACCGAAAAGUCGUAGGUUCCAUUCCCGGGUAAGGACACUGCCGUUGUACCCUUGAGCAAGGUACUUAACCGGAAUUGCUUCAGUAUAUAUCCAGCUGUAUAAAUGGAUACAAUGUAAAAUGCUAUGUAAAAGUUGUGUAAGUCGCUCUGGAUAAGAGCAUCUGCUAAAUGCCUGUAAUGUAAUGUGUUGAAUAUGCUAUUAAAACAGCAAGGAACUGAGACUUCACACUGCCAAACCCACGAUUGUUCUGAAUGUUACAUUAGACAGCUUGUUCUGUAUAUGCACUGAAAUACAUAUUAUUCUUUUUAUUUAUUGUGUUUUGAAUUGUGCCUUACUUGCUCCAUUUCAUUUCAGUCUUACUGUACUGUAUGCUUUAAACUGGGCCAGAUUAUUGUGCAUGAUGAAGGAUCUACUGCAUUGUGUAUGCUUGUUGUUGUUACAGCUGGCCUCUGGACCAAAGUUGUUGUACACUUGCAUAAUUUUAUUCCUUAAGUGUUUUAACACAAUGUAGGUUAACUCAUUGUCAUUGCUAUGUCUUUGAACUCUACACAUGGUCUAGUAUCACCAGGUGAACACACUUUCAUCACUUAGGAGCUCAUUGAUUUCACUUAUCAGUCUAUGAUUUAAUGAACUGAAAACAACAAUGUAAUAGGAACCUCUGAAUUGUUUUCAAUAUAGCUCAUUACCACAGGAUGGACAUCAGUAUCCUUGGUAAAACGUUUGAUGGCUGUGGUUAUAAUCAGCCUAUUCAAAGACAUACAUGAAAACAGUCAUUUCAAAAAAUGAUAAAAACAAACAAAGAAACAAAACAAAAAAAAAAACCCCACACAUCUCUGUCCAUCAGAGAGUCCAGUAAAGUUUGAAGUGUCCACUAUGGAGGAUGAUGGUACCGACCCCUUCUCACUAAUUGAUCUGACAGAUUAAAAGAGCAGAGACGUGAAUAUUAUCCCUCAGUAUCAUUUCUCAAAGUAAGAAUAACUACUGUCUACACUCACUGGAUUAUUUUCACUAACUGUGCCAAAGGUCUGUACAGAGUUGAGUUAAAAGGCCUGUAAAUUUCCUGCUCCUGCAACUUGGAAUGAUCUUCAAAGAUGUUUCAAAUACAGGAGCUCAUUACUUGAAAUGAAUUUCAAGCUAAGGUUAAAGGCCUGGAAUUCAUCACAGUCCAGGACUGUCAUUGUGCUUUUUACUUUAACAUUAAAAAUGUAUCACUUUAAA